AUGUAUGUCGACAUUUACCAUGCUUUGGUGCUGUUUGGUGCUUUCAUCGAAGUUCGAAGUUCGACUAUUCUCGUUCAAAAGCAAGUUCUGUCGCCCUUCUUCCGCUAUCUCGGUCCUUUGUUCAAGCAGACUUGCGCGUAUGUGAACACUACCUUACUUCCGACGUUCGAAGCAUGCAGCCAUGCAUACGAAGAUCGUCAACGGAAAUCCUUCAUGAAGGUAGAGCACAUGUUCCGGGCUUUCUUUCUUUGGGGGCCCCAACUAUCCUUAAUACGGCGGCUGGUUCGAAAUGAACGUCCACCUACACAUUCAUUUUCAUCUGGAUCUGCCCCUCUCCGUGGCCUUAUGAUCUCCUCCGUUCUACUUUCUACACUGCCACGAGUGUCUACGAUCAAUUUAGUUCCCUUGUUUCAUGUUUCAUGUCUAAUAUCUUUUCUCGUGACUCGGGCGAUACACCACCAGGUAACGAACCCGAGUGACCAACCCCAAAGCCCUACCAUACAGUUUGUUUGUCCCAUCAACUCGAAAGUAUACGAAAAGCCCCCUACCACACCCACGUUUGGAAGUUCAGGUUCAUUGUUCUCUCGUCGAAAAUACGCGUUCUCGGCCACGCGAAACGGUAGGGCUAACCUAUCUCGCCGUUUAACUGACUCUCCGCGUAAUCCAAUUUGUUUGUCCCCAUCGGAAUACCUGACCUCAACCACGUUUGGAACUCACGACAAAACCGGUGCCCUAGCUUUGGGUGGUAAAGGUAUGGUUCAGCUCAAGUUAAGUACCCGUAUACAAAACUCGAAUGAAUAUACGGAGAAAGUUGUCGAAGAAACGGGGAUAAAAUGA